AUGGCAUUCUACAUUGGAGCAAAGCGGGUGAGACCCUUUCGUGUUUUUGCAAUUGUCCUUGCGUUGAUUGUAUUAUUAUACAUUUUCAAGCUGAUCUCGUAUGAUGAUCACACGUUGCCACAUAGCUUGAAUCAGGUUGACGAUAUCAAUGAUUUUGUCCAAUAUACCGAUGGCAAGAAACCUUCUUUUGAUACCAGGGAGGAGAUUCUUGAAAAUUUACAGGAUACUGACCUGUACGAUGAGAUUACACCUAAAUUUUUAGCUAAAUUGGAUAAAGAAACUCGAAAAUGCCCUAAUUAUGUUGAUUAUUCUCAAGAAAAGCAUGCCCCUUUCUCGAAAGGUAAGUUCAAAUUUCCCUUUAUGAGACCAGCUCCUAAAUGUAGGACAUUUGUCUCUGAAGCAGUCGAAUACGUGAUUAAAGAUUUGAAAAAUAAGGCUAAGGAUUUAGAUUUAGCAAGAUUGAUCGAGAAUUGUCUUCCAAAUACUCUUGAUACAACAAUUUUAUGGCAUAAAUCUACCUUGAAUGAUGGAGAUUCUAAAACUCCUCAAACUUUUGUGGUUACCGGAGAUAUCCAUGCAGAAUGGCUUCGUGAUUCUGCUAGACAAUUAUCGGUAUACCAACCAUUUGUCAAAUAUGAUAAACAUUUGCAGGAAUUGAUGAAAGGAGCCAUCCAUACACAGGCUGAGUAUAUAAUCAAUUCACCAUAUUGUAAUGCAUUCCAUCCUCCUGUUGGAUCUGGGGUUAAGAGAGGUGAAUCCGCCAUUGAUCAAGUUUAUCCAAGACCAGACUGGAGACAUGUUUUCGAAUGUAAAUAUGAAUUGGAUUCCUUGGCUUCAUUCUUAACUUUGAGCAAUGAAUAUUACCUUAACUCAAAUGGAGAUAAGUCUUUUAUAACAAAUUCUUGGUUAAAGGCUUAUGAAAGAAUCAUGAUUGUCUUAAAAAGAGAAUCCCAACCAACUUUUGAUGAAGAAACUGGCCAAGCGCUCAAUUUUUAUUAUUCAUUCCAAAGACAAACCAAUAUUGGUUCGGAAACUUUGCCAUUAUCUGGAGUAGGUAAUCCAGUAAAUUAUGGAACUGGUUUGAUAAGAUCUGCUUUUAGACCUUCUGACGAUACUUGUAUAUUACAAUUUUUCAUUCCUGCAAAUGCUCAUAUGCUAACUGAACUUAAAAUAGCUAGAAAGAAUUAUUUAAAUGAGGACUUGGAUUAUCAUAUUGACUUGAGUCCCUUAUUUGCUCAUACGGAUGAAUUCAUUGACGGUAUAACCAAAGGUAUUGAGAAGUACGGAAUUGUUGAUCAUCCAGUUUUUGGAAAAGUCUACGCUUAUGAAAUUGACGGCUAUGGAGGUAAUAUUUUUAUGGAUGAUGCAAACUUACCUUCCUUAUUAUCUUUACCCGAUAUGGGAUACCUUGAUAAGGAUGAUAAAGUAUAUCAAAAUACCAGGAAAAUGGUAUUGUCGAAGGAUGGUAACCCAUAUUUCUUGAAAGGAUAUUCAUUUGAAGGUAUUGGUGGUCCUCAUAUCGGUAUUCAAAAUGCCUGGCCAAUGUCAUUAUUAGUGAGAAUGAGAACUACUGAUGAUGAUGAUGAAAUCUUAGACAGUCUUAACUAUAUCAUGCAUAAUACUGCAGGGUUGGGUUUGAUGCACGAAAGUGUUCAUGUGAAUUCAAGAAAUGGCCGUGAUUUUACUAGAUCCUGGUUUGCCUGGUGUAACUCAGAAUUCGGUAAGACUAUUUUACAUUUAGCAAAACAUAAACCCCAUUUGAUAUUUAAAGAGGAAUUCGCUAAUACUGAAUAUGAUAUUGACUCGAUUUUGUCAAAUUUUAAAUCGACUAACAUCUAG